UCCUUCCUCCCCACCCCUAUAACAGACCCUGACGUGGGUUCCUGCCACUCUGCAGGCCUCGCUGUGUCCCUUCACCAUGGCUUACAUAGCCAAGUCCUUCUACGACCUCAGUGCCACCAGCCUGGACGGGGAGAAGGUAGAUUUCAACACAUUCCGAGGCAGGGCCGUGCUGAUUGAGAACGUGGCCUCGCUCUGAGGCACGACCAGCCGGGACUUCACCCAGCUCAACGAGCUGCAAUGCCGCUUUCCCAGGCGCCUGGUGGUUCUCGGCUUCCCUUGCAACCAAUUCGGACAUCAGGAGAACUGUCAGAAUGAGGAGAUCCUGAACAGUCUCAAGUAUGUCCGCCCUGGGGGUGGAUUCCAGCCCACCUUUACCCUUGUCCAAAAGUGUGAGGUGAAUGGUCAGAACGAGCAUCCUGUCUUCGCCUACCUGAAGGACAAGCUCCCCUACCCUUACGAUGACCCAUUUUCCCUCAUGACCGAUCCCAAGUUCAUCAUUUGGAGCCCCGUGCGCCGCUCGGAUGUGGCCUGGAACUUUGAGAAGUUCCUUAUUGGGCCGGAGGGGGAGCCCUUCCGCCGCUACAGCCGCACCUUCCAGACCAUCAACAUUGAGCCUGACAUCAAACGCCUCCUCAAAGUUGCCAUAUAGACACGAGCUGCUCGGCACGCGGAUCUACUCCAUCCCGCCCCUGGUAUCUUUCCUUAGGGUCAGGGUCUUCUGCAGGAGACACUGCUGGACCAAAGCUUCCCCCUGAAGAGCCUUGCCCUUCCAGUCCCCCUGUCUCCCUUCCUUCCCCCAACCUUCUGGUUGGUGAUUCUACUUGGAGCUCCAAGACUUGGGUGGCUCUGAGCCUUCACAGAAUGAUGGCACCUUCCUAAACCGUAUGGGCGGUGUCUGAGAAGUGUGAAGGGCUUAGAGCCAGGCUGCUAGAUGGGUCCAAUAAAGGGCAGGUAGGCAAACGGCCAA